GUUUUGUCGUGUCCACCAGUGGGAAGUGACUGAAGGAGGAAGUAUGAACGUGAAAAGAAACAGAGGGCCAGGAGCUUAAGGAGUCGAGCCGUGGCGAGUGUUCUCGCUGACCGGCUACCUCUUCAGGGAGAGACCAGUGAGCAGAGAAGAUGCACUUGCUGCUGCUGUUUCCCUUCCUGCUCUGGCUUUCAGGCAGCUCUGGUGCCAGGGAAGGUAUCACAGGUCCAGGAACAGUGAGAGGCCCAGAGCGGGGCAACCUGUCUGUGUGGUGUCAUUAUGACGAAGGAUGGGAGACAUACUAUAAGUACUGGUGUCGGGGAGCUGCGUGGAGUCACUGCGAGAUCCUCAUCAUUACCACUGGGUCAGAGCAAGAGGUACGGCAGGGCCGUGUGACCAUCAGGGAUAAUCACAGAAGUCGCACGUUCACUGUGACCAUGGAGCAGCUCCGUGAAGAUGAUGCUGACAUUUACUGGUGUGGGAUGGAGACAUUCUGGGCUGACCCUGGUGUGCAAGUUAAAGUGAUCGUUGACCCAGCACCCACUACUGUGCUGACCACGUCACCCACCACCGUCACCUCCACCACGAACACAUCUGUAGUGCCAAACACAGUGUCAACGCCUCUUUCAAGCACCUGGAGAGAGACCUACAGCUCCUCGACCAUGUCCCGCCACUCGGGGGAAGGCAGGAGAAUAGAGGCCAUGUUCCUAUGCUGUGGAGAAGGUCCCUCUGCUACUUCCUUCUCUCCUGACCUGGCCCACACAAACAGCAGAACCCAGAGACCUUCUCUGAAACCCGCAGGCAGCUCUAAUGCCAGGGAGCCUAUCUCAGGUCCAGGAACAGUGAGAGGCCGAGGGCGGGGUAACCUGUCUGUGCGGUGUCAUUAUGACAAAGGAUGGGAGACAUACCACAAGUACUGGUGUCGGGGAGCUGCAUGGAGUCACUGCGAGAUCCUCAUCAUUGCCCCCGGGUCAGAGCAGAGGAUUCGGCAGGGCCGUGUGACCAUCAGGGAUAAUCACAGAAGUCGCACGUUCACUGUGACCAUGGAGCAGCUCCGUGAAGAUGAUGCUGACAUUUACUGGUGUGGGAUUAAGAGUUCAGGAUCUGACCCUGGCGUGCAAGUUAAAGUGAUCGUUGACCCAGCACCAGCCAUCAGGAGAAAGAACCAUGGCUCCUCGACCGUGUCCCGCCACUCGGGGGAAGGCAGGAGAAUAGAGGCCACGUUCCUAUGCUGUGGAGAAGGUCCCUCUGCUACUUCCUUCUCUCCUGACCUGGCCCACACAAACAGCAGAACCCAGAGACCUUCUCUGAAACCCGCAGGCAGCUCUAAUGCCAGGGAGCCUACCUCAGGUCCAGAAACAGUGAGAGGCCCAGAGCGGGGCAACCUGUCUGUGCAGUGUCAUUAUGGCCGAGGAUGGGAGACAUACAAGAAGUACUGGUGUCGGGGAGCUGCAUGGAGUCACUGCAAGAUUCUCAUCAUUACCACUGGGUCAGAGCAAGAGGUACGGCAGGGCCGUGUAUCCAUCAGGGAUCAUCACAGAAGUCGCAUGUUCACCGUGACCAUGGAGCAGCUCCGUAAAGAUGACGCUGGCACUUACUGGUGUGGGAUGGAGAGAGUGGGAGCUGACCCUGGCGUGCAAGUUAAAGUGAUUGUUGAUUCAGGAAUGAAAACCACAACAGAUCUGUCUCCCACACCUCCAGUCACGGAGACCUCGGGGGGCCAACACGUGCCUCCUACCAGGUCUUGGCUCAGCAGUGACCACUCCCUGAACUUGUUCCUGCUCCCGAUCUUCCUGAAGCUGCCCCUGCUCCUGGGCACUCUCGGGGCUGUCCUCUGGGUGAGCAUGUGGUGGAGAAGCCCUGAGUGGCAGGCAGAGCCUGCCCAGUGGGAACUAGCAGCCGCUGUUCCCGACCAGACUGAAAGACCUUCAAUGAAGACAGAAUCUUUCCAUUAGGAAGUGACCGUGGCCUCGGGAAUUCAGGGAGGCACAGCUGAGAAUGAGAGACGAGCACAAAGCAGGAGUGAAUGAACUCGAUAUAAAGAUGUAUGCACGGACAAAACCAGGCACAGGAGACUGGAGACUCCAUGUCUGCACGCUGGCUGUUCCCGAAGAGUAGGACUAACCCAAACAUGAGAAUGAUUCAGUUGGAUUGCAACCUAUCCUCCAGCCUGCCCCGAGAAGACACAUGGUGUCCCAGGGGUGAGAGUGAUGCCAAGGACCCACACCUGGAGUAUUGCACAGUAACACAGCGUGGAGGAUGGAGAUAGGCUCAAAUGGGCUGCCCAUCACGGGGGGGGGUGGUGCCCAGGAAAGGGGUCGGGUGUUCUCAGGCCUCCCAGCAGCACACAGUCAUCAGUGCCCUGACCUUGAGAAGGAGCCAGGGUUUGAGAAGGAAAUUGGAACACAGUGUGCAGGAGCACAGCACAGGGCAUCUUCUUGUGUGGACUCUGAACUCCCUCUGUGAUGGAACGUUUACAGCUUGGUUGCUCAUAAUUCCUUGGAUUAUUAGAAAAAAAUAGAGUGAAACUAAACGUCGACUUGCAAGAUCCGACUGAGGAGAGAAAGGCUUCAAGAAAGCAGCAAGAGGAGCUCAAGCAGAGGAUGGGGGUCAAGGUCAAGGCCAAGGUCGGUGGGUGUACAGGGAACCGGAGGUUGGAGAGCAGUGGGGACUGCAAGGACUGCAGGGACUUCCAUGGUCAUUGUGCCAGGCGUUAAUAAAGUACACAAGCUUUAUGAGAAAA